UGCAGGGCGGAGUGACCUUGAUUGGACCGUUUUGACCAGCGUUAGAGGGCGGCUGAGGGAGGCUGCUGUCUCCCAAGUAAAUGUCUACCUGUCAGCAAACAAAGCAGAAUUGAUCCCCAAGAAACAAAACACUCUAAGUGGGACGGAGAAGGCGUUUGAAAUGGGAGGAAAUGGCAGCACGGCGAGGAAAGUGUCAUUCGGGCUGGACGAAGAAGAAAAGGUCACGGUUAUUGAAGGAGUAAAGAAGCCCCUUCAUUGACACCCACCGCUUGCAACUUGACACCCUCUGCAAAUGACGCGGUCCAGCCACGAUUGCCAUCUGUCAGAGGAUGUUCUCAGUCGAAUGAAGAACACUCAGGGGUCUUCCAGGGCACCGACUAAGCAAGACAAUCACAAAACAUCAAGUUCAAAAUCACCUGGCCCCACUGCCACAGAAUUACAGAAAGAAAUCCGUAGAAACUUCCAGAAUCAGCAGGCUCUGGUGCAGGAGCAGUUGGCCAAAUUGAAUCAGAGGGAUAGAGAGACAGCAACCGCUGUCGGGUUGGAUGAUCUGAGUCCUUCGCUCAUGGUCGAGAGAGGGAAGGCCUGGGAAGAGCACGAGAAGGCAAAGCUACUGCCUGCCGAUUUAGAUGCCUGGGCCAGACAGUUGGAGAGGAAGGAACAAGAGUUGGCCACCGUUUCCAGCUUCUACCAAGAGCAACUUGAGAUACUGGAGAAGAAAAAUCUAGAAACUUACCAACAGACAGCGGAACAAUACAACUGGACAGCCACCAAAGCAGAGGCUAAUAUCAGGCCCCGGCAGAGUGCAUCAGUGUGCUCUGAGCUGCAGGCCAAGGUGCUCCAGUGUUACAGAGAAAAUCCUCAACAAACCCUGCACUGCUCCACUCUGGCCAAACAGUACAUGACCUGCAUCCAGCAAGCCAGGAAGAGCUCACUGACCAAUCACGGAUGAGAAGCCCCAAGCAAGAAAGCAUGAAGAGCAGAAGUGAAGAAGAGAGAGCAUGUCAAAUCCAUCCAAUUCUUGCCUCCCUCUGUGCUUUCUGUUAGACAUCCAUUCAUUUAUUUAUUUAGCUGCCACCGCUGAAGAGCCUCACUCUCGUCUUCUCCACUCGCCAUCCUUCAGUUAUUUUUUUUUAAGCGUAUUAUCUUGAUUUGCCCCUCUGGAGUGUACGAUGCCUUGAUUUAUUGUCAAGUUGCACAGGCACACCCUUGCCUUCUCAGAAAUAAAUCCCGGUGAUCCGGUGGUGAUGAGACUA